AUGGGAUUUUCAGCAACAGGUGAUGCAUACUGCCUCCGUGGAGAUAUGGCACUACAAGGUGUUCCCAACUGUGUGAAGGUUGUAGAUGACAUCCUCCUUUCCGACGAGGAUCUCCCUUCCCAACUACAACACGUGCACCAAAUGCUGACCAGAUGCCCCAGACCCCGACAAGGUAUCAGCUAUACGCGACUUCCCGACACCCCGUCCAAUGUCACAGACGUCAGGUCGUUUAUGGGUCUCGUCAAUCAACUUGCCGACUUCACUCCAGACAUUGCAGCAGCAGCACAGCCCCUACGUCCACUUAUGAGCCCCAAACGCUCAUUUGUCUGGACGCCCGACCAUGAGCGAGCAUUUAAGAAAGUCAAGACAGCUCUGACUUCACCACCUAUCCUGGCACCCUUCAAUCUGCCUCGCCUGUGGUUAUACAAACAGAUGCCUCACGCCUAUACGGUCUCGGCUAUGCCCUACUUCAAGAUAACGGCCGAGGUCAGAGGCGGUCUCGUCCAGUGUGGCUCUCGUUUCCUUACGGAUACAGAGACUCGCUACGCCACCAUAGAGCUGGAGCUACUUGCAGUCACUUGGUAUGGGCCGCGCAGGGAAACAACUUUGCAUACCAGACGCCCCUGUCUCGCUCCCCAACCAGUCGCCCCACACCUGAAGAUAAGAGGAGUGCACCACUUCGACUGCACAUGCAGGCGUAUCGUUGCCAGCACCGCCACUUCCACUGACGACCAGGCAACAGGACCCAUCAUCGAAGAAGACAAGUCUCUACAAGAAUCCGCACGGCCGCAUCCCAGGAUCAAGAUUACAGUCGUCUGUUCACUACGUCUCCACGGUUUUCCUACCAACCGCUAUGAUCUCCACGCUUCCGCCCUCCCGUAUUGGGAAGCUGCGGGACAACCUUUUACGCGGAUGGAGAGUUACCACGACUUCAAGCAAUUUGCCGACCGCUGGGGAGUUCAUCACAUCAUCACUUCUCCACAUUACCCUCAGGCUAAUGGACACGCAGAAGCUGCAGUGAAAGCUGUUAAACACCUUAUCAUCAAGACUGCCGCAUCCGGGAACAUAGAUUGUGAAGCCUUUGAUAGAGGACUGCUGGAGCUUCGGAAUACACCGAACCCUGCUGGACGCUCCCCUGCGCAGAUCCUCUAUGGCCAUCCUCUCCGUACUUGUGUUCCGGCUCACCCCAGAUCAUUCACAGAGGAGUGGCAAACCAAGACUGAAGAUUACGACCGUCGUACUGCGGCCCGCCCAAACGACCAAGCCAUGAGCCUUUACAAUUCUCAUGCCCGCCCUCUACCCAAGCUCACCAUCGGCCAACGAGUUAGGAUACAGGACUCACGACGCUUCGAUGGGACAAGGUCGGCAUCGUGA